AUGGUGGGAAGAGUUUGGGAGGAGAAGGAGGUUAAGGUACCAGCAAGCGAAGCCUGGAAGCUCUACGGCAGCCUCCAACUGGGCAAACUCGUAAAGGAAGCGCUUCCCAAUGUCGUCAGCAAAAUCGAGGUCGUACAAGGCGAUGGCUCUGCCGGAACCAUCCUCCAGGUCGUUCUCCCUCCAGGUACGGCGGGGCUGACAUCGUACAAGGAGAAGUACACGGUGGUGGAUGACGAGAGACGAGUGAAGGAGGCGGAGGUGGUGGAGGGCGGGGUUUUGGAUCUGGGCUUUACACUUUACAGGGUCCGGACGGAGGUGAUCGAGAAGGAAGGGAAGAAGGAGGAGUGCGUCGUGAGAGCGACCAUCGAAUACGAGUUGAGAGAGGAAGCUGCUGCAAAUGCUGCGCUGGUUUCCAUUGAGCCUCUCGUUGCUGUGAUGCAGCUUGCUGCAGAUUACUUGACUCGGCACUCCACCACCACCACCACCAACUGA